AUGGUUGAUGGCUCUUUUUUGGGAGACCAUGCAAGAAUCCAAGACUAUUGUCAUGAGCUGCUUAGGGCAAACCCAAGAUCCACUGUGAAGCUCAACCUUGAUUCUGUUCCAGAAGGUACAGAAGACCAAAGACCAUAUUUCAGGAGAGUUUAUAUAUGUUUUGCAGCAUGUAAGCAAAGUUUUAAACUGUCUAGACAUGUCAUAGGGCUGGAUGGUUGUUUCUUGAAGGGAUUAUGUGGUGGGCAGAUCCUGGCAGCAAUUGGAAGGGAUCCAAAUGAUCAAAUGCUACCAGUUGCAUUUGCUGGUCUGCUCCCAGCUAUGGAUGAGCUUUUGCCAAAUGUUGAGCAAAGGUUUUGUGUCAGACACUUGUACAACAACUUCAGAAAAAGAUUUCCAGGGAAGGUCUACAAAGAGUUAAUUUGGAAGGUUGCAAAAUCAACAUAUGUCCAGGCAUUUGAAAGAGAAAUGAGGGAAAUUAAGCAAUUGAAUAAUGAUGCUUUUGUCAACAUGAUGAAGACACCUCCCAGAUGCUGGAGUAGGGCAUUCUUCAAGACAACUAACAAAUGUGACUGCGUGCUUAACAACAUGUCAGAAUCAUUCAAUAGUGUAAUCCUUGAUUCCAUGUCAAAGACUUUAGUCAGUAUGCUGGAAGAUAUUAGAAUUUAUUGUAUGGAGAGGUGGGCAACAAAUAGGAUGAGGUUCCAAAAGCUGAGUGAUGAUGCAGUACUACCAAACAUCAUAAAGAAAGUUGAGAAAACUAGUUGUUUCACCAACUCAUGGAUUGUUAGGAUGUCAGAUGAACAUUACUUUGAAGUUAAAAAUGUUGAAAAUCAAGCUGAUAUGUUAGCUGUCAACUUGAAAGACCACAUAUGUUCUUGUAGAAAGUGGGAACUUACUGGAUUGCCAUGUGUUCAUGCCCUAGCAUGUAUGAAAAGUAGAAACUUUAAGUAUGAAGAUUACAUCCCUGAGUGUUUUAGAAAGAGUAGGUACAUUGCAGUAUACAAGUCUGUGCUUUAUCCUGUUAAUGGUUCCAAUUUAUGGGUAAAAACACCAUAUCCCGAUGUUAGGCCUCCAAAGCAUAGAAGGAUGCCAGGUAGACCUAAAAAGAAGAGAAAUCGUGAACAAGGUGAGAUUGAUGGCACAGAUAGAAAAAUAAGGAGAACAAGGUUGAUUGUUAGAUGUAGUAGGUGUGAGAAGUCUGGUCAUAACAAAAAAACUUGUAAAGUACUAGGGCCUGAUGUUGACACUUCUCAAGUGACUCAGAGUGGAACUUCUUAA